AUGCCGAUGAAACGGGGUCAUGUUUCGGCUCCUCAAAAUACAUUUAUCGAUACAAUUAUUCGUAAAUUUGACUCACAAAACCGAUGUUUUCUUAUAUCUAAUGCUCAAUUGGUUAAUAAACCAAUAAUUUAUUGUAAUGAUGCAUUUUGCGAAUUAACUGGUUAUUCACGUUCAGAUAUAUUACAAAAAUCUUGUGCAUGUGAAUUUUUAUAUGGUAAUGAAACAAAUGAAAAAUCUAUUAAACAAAUUCGACAUGCAUUACAAGGGAGUGAUGAAAAAGAAGUCGAUAUUAUUUUAUAUAAGAAUACUGGCAUUAAAUUUCGAUGUUCGGUUCUUAUUGCACCGGUGAAAAAUGAAUCAUGCGAUAUAAUUCUAUUUAUACUUGAAUUUACUGAAAGCACUGAUCGUGAUCGUCCACGACGAAUACCUAAAAUUCACGAAUAUUCAAUUAGCCCAACGAAUGGUGUACGUAAACGUUCAUGGUUACAAAUGUUUAGUUCUUUAGGGAAAAAUAAGCCGUCUCUAACACAUGAUUUAACACCAGGAGAUGGAAGUGAUUUUGAAGGUUCUGUAUCAUCGCCUGAUACAAGCGGUUACACAGCUUUGAAUCACAAAAAUACGACAACAAUUCAUUUGGAUGAAACAAUUCCAGCAACAACAAAAACUUUUCCUGCUGAUUAUAAAAUAAGCCAACAAUCAUCAAUAAGUUCAAAUAAUUUAUUAAAACCUGAUAGUAAUCCUUGGAAUACAAAUAAUAGUGAUGUUGAAUUAAUGAGAGCUAAAUCUCAAAGUAUCAGUAAUAUAGCUGAAACUGUUAUUAAACAAGAAACAAAAGAUUCAAAAGUAAAACGUUCAUGUUUACCAAAUAUUCCACGUCAAAUAGCCCAAAUCUUAUCAUUAGGUGAAGAUACCGUACCUGAUUUUCGUUUACCUGAUAGUCGUCGUAUACCGCGUACAAUUAUUCUUCACUAUUCUCCAUUUAAAGCAGCAUGGGACUGGUUAAUAUUAUUACUUGUUAUUUAUACAGCUAUUGUUACACCAUAUACAGCUGCUUUUCUCAUGCACGAAGAUGGACCAAAUAAACAACGUUCACGUCCAUCACGUGCAUUGAGUGUCAUUGAACUUAUUGUUGAUGUUAUGUUUAUAAUUGAUUUAUUGGUAAAUUUACGUACAACAUACGUUAAACAUAAUGAAGAAUUAGUAACACGUGCAAGUAAAAUUGCUAAACAUUAUUUAAAAGGAUGGUUUCUAAUUGAUGUAACAGCAGCUAUACCAUUUGAUAUUUUAUUUUCAUUAAUACAAACAAAAGGUGGUGGUGAAUCAACAGUAUUAAUGGGUUUAUUAAAAACUGCACGUUUAUUAAGAUUAGUACGCAUAGCAAGAAAAUUAGAUCGUUAUUCUGAAUAUGGAAUUGGAGUUUUAAUUUUAUUAACUGCUACAUUUGCCCUUAUUGCACAUUGGCUUGCUUGUAUAUGGUAUGCUAUUGGUCGUCUUGAACGAAAUACUCAUGGAUUACGUAUAACAUGGCUUGAUGAAUUAGCACGUACAUCAGGUCAACCCUAUGAUUGUACACCAAUAAUAUCUACAAAUGAAACAGUAUCAACAACGAUAAAUUCAAAAGCUUGUUUUGGUGGACCUAAUCUUCGUUCAAGAUAUAUUACAGCACUUUAUUUUACAUUUUCAUCUCUUACAUCAGUCGGAUUUGGCAAUGUCAGUCCUAAUACAAAUCUGGAAAAGAUAUUUUCCAUAUUUGUUAUGUUAAUCGGAUCUUUAAUGUAUGCCAGUAUUUUUGGUAACGUUAGUGCUAUUAUUCAAAGAUUAUAUUCAGGUACAGCACGUUAUCAAAUACAAAUGUUAAGAGUAAAAGAAUUUAUUCGUUUUCAUCAAAUACCAAAUCCACUUCGACAACGACUUGAAGAUUAUUUUAAUCAUGCGUGGAAUUAUACAAAUGGUAUUGACAUGAAUAUGGUGCUGAAAGGUUUUCCGGAAUGUUUACAAGCUGAUAUAUGUUUACAUUUGAAUAGUGUACUACUUAAAAAUUGUCCUGCAUUUAAAGAUGCUAGUGAAGGUUGCUUGCGUACAUUUUCAAUGAAGCUAAAAACAACUCAUGCACCACCUGGUGAUAUAAUAACACAUCGUGGUGACAUUUUAACAUCAUUGUAUUUUAUUUCACGUGGUUCAAUUGAAAUCUUAAAAGACGACAAUGUCGUUGCUAUUCUUAGUAAAGAUGAUAUUCUUGGAGAAAAUCCUGUAUUAUAUAAUGAACCAGGAAAAUCUGCCUAUAAUGUUCGUGCAUUAACAUAUUGUGAUUUACAUAAAAUAUUACGCGAUGACUUACUUGAAGUUAUCGAUAUGUAUCCUGAGUUCGCACAAAGUUUUUGUCACAAUUUAAAAAUUACUCUGACAUUACGUGAUGAAGAUCUCGUUUCAAAAUCAAAUGAAUGUCGAUCAAAAUAUUUACCAAAUCCAAACAAUUAUCGAGGAAGUGCAUGUUUUACGAAAACAGACGAUGAUAAUAUAUCGAUAAUGGCUCCACAUCAAUCUUAUUUUGACGAAUAUCCUAGUGGGACAGGUAAAAUAAAUCUUAUUACUAUAAAUAAGAUAGACAAACAAACAAACAAACAUGAAACUAUGACAUGA